AUGGAGGGCCUGAGCUUCUUUGUUGGAGUGAUAGGGAACAUCAUUUCAGUGACUGUGGUUCUCUCUCCCAUAAAAACGUUCUUGCGAAUAGUAAAGCAUAGAUCAACCGAGGAUUUUGAGAGCUUUCCUUAUGUAAUUGCAUUAUUGGGCACAUCCUUGUGGUGUUACUAUGGAGUCAUAAAGCCAGGGGGCUUCAUCCUAGCGACUACUAAUGGUCUGGGUAUCAUCAUCGAGCUUGUUUAUGUUACAUUAUUCAUCAUUUAUGCACCUCUAAGAGUAAGGGCCAAGACUGCCAUAUAUCUUGGGAUUUUGAAUGUAGCAGUUCCAGCAAUAGUAAUUCUCAUUACUCUUUUCACAAUGCAUGGAGACUUGCGCAUCGAUGUGCUAGGGUUUGUGUGUGCAGGCCUAAGUAUAGUCAUGUACGGUUCGCCUCUUGUUGUUGUGGUACCAAAUGGGAUUGGAUUUCUUCUUGGAACAGCUCAGAUGGUGCUCUAUGCCAUGUACUGGAAAUCUAAGUCAUCCCAAAAUAUUUCAGAGGAGUUGGAGGAUGGAUGGCAACACAAGCAUUUCAUAUCCGAAAACAGUUCCGAAGACUAG